AUGACACGCCAACUUCUAGAACCAAUUCAAACCCUCCUCCAGGUCCUAACAAAUCCAGACCCCAAUAUUCCCAAUCAGUUCUCCUCGGCUUUUACAACCAGCCCGAAGCCAGUAGCCUAUGAGCACGGUCUCCCACAAUUGGCUCCUUUUGUAGGCCGUUCGUUUACUGGCCAAGAGGGCAUAUCAACCUAUUUUAACCUACUCUCUACCCAUCUUGAGAUCAAGAAUAUGGCAUUCGAGUCUGAAGAGAACUGGGUCAUCGACGAGAGCUGCAUGUCCGUUGCACUACGCGGCACAGCAACGUUCAUCUGGAAGAAGACACGACAAGCUUGGAGUGAGACAUUUGCCUAUCGGAUCAAGCUUGCUGAGGAUGUAAGCGAUGAUCCAGAGAAGAAAGGUUGUUUGAAAGUCAGCGAAUAUCAAGUCUGGGCAGAUACGGGAGCUGCAUAUCUCGCCAGCUUGGGUAAGCUGGACAAAUUGCGUGAAGUCUGA